UAUCUCUAGGUAAUAAAUGUCAGGGAAACUCACCCCCUUGGUAGGGCACAAGGCAUGGGAUCAAGGGAAUUAAAAAGAAGGAGAGAGAGUGUGAGCUAAACAUAUUCCAAAACAUACAUGUGCUCAUAAAAGCAUGAGACUUGACAGAGGUGACACUGAAGGCCGUGUAUAUCUUUUCUUUUACGCUGACGUGUAAAAAUGGAAGUGCUGUUCAAAUGCAAGAAGAGACAAAAGGCUUCACUGGAGAAGUAGGACCAGUAAUUCUUUGAAAAGACAGGGUCCCUUUCAGGCUCCCAGAUCACACAAAAGAGCUCAUUCUCAGAAGGCCCAUCUACAGUCUACGUCCAUGUCAGUGGCUCCAGUUCCAGUUACAACAUCUGCCAAGGAGGAAAUCUCUGCCAGUGGGGACUCCCCAGAGGUGGAAUGCCCCGUGUGCUACCAGGAAUAUGAUCAAGAGUGCAAGCUCCCACGUAUGCUGGAAUGCCUACAUGUCUUCUGCACGGAAUGUCUUCAUAAUAUCCAACUGUCCCCUCUCCACCCACCUGAUCCCAACAGCCCUCCUUCCAUCUCCUGUCCCUUGUGCCGCCACACCACCCCACUAGAAGGUGGUGAUGCACACUCCCUCCCAUGCAACUCCCGUAUCCUUGCCCAGCUACCUUCUGUAGCUUUUCGCCUGCCUGUGUCAGUCUCCACCCGGCUGACUACUGUCACUCAGAGGGUGAUCCUAUCUCUGGAGUCACGGGAUGCUCGGUUUAUUAUUUUACCCACAGUCAGCCUACGGGUGGAGCAAAUGGCUGAGGGUUCAAGCACACCUGGGUCCAUAGCAACUACAGUAGAGGGGUUGAGGAGGAGAAAGAACCUGAUGUGUAUCCAGUUGUUGGUUAUAAUAUUCUGGAUGCUUUUUGUCCUGGCCUGCGUGGUUGGCGUACUGUUUGGCCCUAAUUUGUUCCGCAACUGAAAGACAGAAAAAAAAACAUUGUAUAAAAGAAUUCAUCUAUCAUAUGUAAUUUAAUGCAAAAUUAGAAAAAUAAUUCAGAUAAACAUGUGAAACCUCAAAAUCUAAUGUAUAGUAUUUUGUGUGUGUGUGUGUGUGUGUGUGUGUGUGUGUGUGUGUGUGUGCGUGUGUUUUAAACAUAUUUAUGUUUGGGCCUUCACAUUUGUAGCCUUGAUUCUAUUGCCAAACUCUCUGAAUCCAUAUACUGUGUAGAGACUGUCAAAAUAUCAAAAUGAACUGGAAAAUCAAUGUUUAGUGAACUCCAUAAUCAUGUUCCCAGUCUGCAUUGCUAAGUUUUGUCUUUAUAAACUGCUGGGAUUCAGACCAUACUUACACAUAUUUAAAUGACUUCCAGACUGAUAACCUGAAUUGUCAUUUUAGAUAUGGAAUUGAAAUUAAUUUAUCCAUGCGCAAUUGACUAUUGUAGUAACGCACAGUACUAAGGGAGAUAAAUAAACGUUACAUGGUGCCCUCUAGUGGAUAUUAUAGAAACAGUCACUUGGGACUAAUUGUUCUAGCUUCAUUUAGUGAAACAACCUGUUGUAGGAUAUUACUUAGAACCUUUAAAGGUUCCCCAACUGAAGAAUAUUUUUCUGGUUUUACAUUUAACCCUUUUUUUCUGAGAGUGCACCGAAUGAUGCAGUGCUGCACAGCUAAGGGGUAACUAACAUAUUUACUAUAGCUCAGUGUUCAUUAGUCCUAAAAGGAACUAGUAGUCCAUAACCUCAAAACCAUGUUUAACUUGUGAAGGGCUAGAUAAUGAACCGUUUCAUUUCUGUGUUGUGUCCCGAUCAGGACUGAUUGUUUCUAAAUGUAUAUAAUAGAACCAAUGCCGUUUUAAAUGUAGAUAAUUAAGGAAUUGAAAUAACCUAAAUUUGUCUCAACAUGUAAUGAAGUAUUUUAAUUAUACGUAAUCUAGUCUAUUGUUAUCAAAUGCAUAUUAAAACUGGUGCCACAUGGUCCUUUGCUUAUUUUAUUUGGAAGUAAUUACUUUUUAAAAAUUUAAUUUUGGAGCUUCAGUUGCUCCAAAACUUUAUCAAUGCCAAUGCAGAACUUGGUUAAUCCCACUGCCCUUAUCUCUGUGUGGACCUGUGUCUAGAUUUUAGGACAAUGAAUUGCAAGGACAUGCUGGGCUGGCACCUAAUUAUGAGAUAGGAAAAAGUUGCAUUUGCAUAAUAUGUGAUUUGUCCCCUGGUGCUUAAUGUAUGCCAAGUCGAGUUUGACAAUCAAAUAGCGAACAUGAAUAAAAAUUCUAGGUUUCUGUCAUGACAGGAUUCGUGAAGAUAAGUAAAAAUCUGAAAUUACUGUUCAGCUUAAAUGUAGUCAUCGAUGUAAUCGCAUCUUUAAUAUCUGUAUGCCAUGUUGAUAUUUCUGUAAAGCUGCUUUGAGACAAUGUCUAUUGUAAAAAGCACUAUACAAAUAAAUUGAAAAAUUAAUGUCA